AUGUUACGAGAACAACUAAAGAAUUUGAAAGCACAAAAGAAUAUCCAAGUUUUUGAAGAUGAUAGUUACGACAAAAUUAGUAGAAGAAAGUACAAUUUAUUCAGGAACUUAUAUAAGAAUUUCAUUUUAUCAUCUUUACACAUAGAAUCUGUUAAACUAUGCUUUGAAAAUUUGAAAGGGUUAAAUAAAUCCUUUGAAGAAUUUGAGAAAUUAUUUUGUUUAGAAGAUGGAGAUAUGGUUGAUAGAUUAUAUAAUGAAGAUGAAAAAGGAAAUAAUGAGAUAUAUUUAAAACAUCGUGACUUUUUAACAAAAGAAGAAAAUAAAUAUAUAUUUGAAAAGAUAAAGUUAUUUUUAAAAUUAUGUUCUUUGUAUUGUGAUAGAAAAGAAAUAAAAAUUUUGCUUGAAUUUUUAAUAUAUAAAUAUGAAAUAAAUGUAAAAUGUAGUCAAGAUAUAUUAUUAUGUUUAUUACCUAUAUUAUUUAAUAAAAUCAAUUUAAAAAAUAUAUUAGAAAUAUUAUAUAUACAAAAAGAUUGUGUGUUUGUAUUUUUUAAUAAUUGUAGACACGAUGAUUUAGUAGAAUAUAUAGAUAAAGCAAUAUUAAUACAAAAUAUUAAAAAGAAUAUUAAUAUAUAUAAAACUAUAUUUAAUUAUAUUAUAGAUUUAAUAGGUUGUAUUCAUAUGAUUCAUGAUGUAGAAAUAUAUAUGACAUAUAUAAAUUUUUUUAUGUCGAUAUCAGAAGAUAUUAUGCAUAGUUACAUUAACAUUCCAAUAUCUUUAAUGGAAUUUUAUUUUAAUAUAUUAUUAUCAAUAAUAAAAAUAGGGAAGCAUGCAUUUCAUAUGUUUAAUGAAAAUAGAGUUAUGAAAAAAAAAAUGAAUAUAACACAAAAUAAUAACCAUAUGUCAGAUAAUAUAUAUAUAAAUCAAAUAAAUAUAUCUUGUAAAUUUUUAGAUAAAUUUAUUAAAUUAUUUGAAAUGGCUAUACAAAAAAAAUCAAAAGAUAUAACCAAUUUUCAUGUUUUAAAAAAUAAUAUCCUUACCAUCUUUGAAAAGGAAUUUAUAGUAAUGCAUGAUAUGGUGAUAACAAAUACCUCUUGUUCUGAUUUUAUAAAAUCAUUAAUUCUUUUGUUGAAUAUUAUAUAUAAGUAUAGUUAUAAUAUUCAUUUUGAUAAUUAUAUUAAUAGAAAACAAAUAAAAUAUAUAUCGGAGGAAUAUGAAGAACAUGAAAUAGUACAACAAAGUUCCGAGAAAAACGGAUCAAAUAUGAUAGAAAAUAUACAAAAUGAUUUUCAUACAACAAAUGGUUUAAAUGAUUCCAUUAUACCAAACAAAUAUAUUAAAAUAAAACAAAACCAAACGAAACAAUCUGGUGAUAUAAUAAAUUCAAUGAAUGACAAUGUAGAUAAGAAUACAAAUUAUAUUAUAGAUCUUAUCCAUUUUGUUAAAGAUAAUAAAUAUAAUUUAUUUGAUAAUGAAAUAAAUAAUAUAUUACAAAAGGAAGAAACCAUAUUAAAUUUUGUUAACCUUUUUUGUGAUGUUAACAAUGUAUACGAAAUUACAGAUAAUUUAAUAAAAAUAAUUUUUAUAAAGUGUUAUUAUUUAAAAAUAAAUAUAUCUAAUUUAGAAUAUAUUUUUUAUAAUAUUCCAUUCAAAAAAAAUAAUAAAAAUCAUAUAUUCAAUAUAAUUUUAAUAAUUAAUUUAAUAUCAUACUAUAUAUUUCUUAUAAAAAAAGAACAUGAACAAGAUGAAAAAAAUAAGGACAAACAAUUUAUUAUAUCAGAGCAUAAUGAAGUAAAAACUAUAAAAGAUGAAUUAAAGCCUAAUACAAAAUUUAUACAAAGGUUGAUAAAAAAAUGUGUACAUAAUAAUAAUAAUAAUAAUAAUAAUAUUAAUUUAUAUGUGAAUAAAAUAAUUAAUCCUAAUCAUUUCUUUGAUAUUAUAAAAUAUUAUAUGAAUGAAAAUAAUGAAUUGUUUAAAAAAAAAGUUAUCUUUUUUGAAACAUACAGUAAAAUUGAUCAGGGGUUAAUAUUAUUGCUUAAUGCAAAUAAGAACAAAAUGAAUCAUAUACCUUUAUACAAUAUUUUAUAUAAAUCAUUAGAAGUCGACACAACAUAUCCAUAUUUGAUAAAUGAAGUGCUAAGAAAUAUUAAGUUUAUAUAUGAUUAUAAAAUGAAAGUAACAAAAAUGAAUGCUCUUAUAGAGCCUGCGGUACGCUCAAAUGAUAUUCCUACAGACCAUAUGAUCAACAACAAAAAUAAUAAUAAUGAUAAUGAUAAUAAUAAUGAUAAUAAUAAUAAUAAUAAUGAUAAUAAUAAUAAUAAUGAUAAUAAUAAUAAUAAUGACAAUAAUAACAGUAAUAAUAAUAAUAAUCAUAGUAAUAAUGAUGCUUAUUUAGAUGACAAAUACGAACAAAUGAGAAACGAAUACUUAACCUUAGGACUAAUAAACAAAGGAAAACAAUUCCUAAAAUCAAAAAAACAUAUAGAAAGUUUAUAUAACAAAGUAAUAUUCCUAUUAAAAGAAAAUAAAAUUGAAUUUAUUGAUAAUUUAAAAUACUAUGAAAAAGAGUUAUUAUAUUUCUUUCCAUCCAAGAAAUAUAUGUAUAAAAUUUUAUUUAAAUCAUUCAAAGAAUUAAAAUUAGAAAAAUUUAUUCAAAUAGAUAAAGAGAGAAAUACCCUGUUUUUAAAAUUCUAUAUAAAAGUAUUUAUGGUAAAAAUGAAAAAAUUGCAAGAGAAGUAUAAAAAAGAUUUAAUGGAAGAUAAAUUUUUUAAAAAAUUUAUUAAUUUUAACUUUUCCCUUUUUUUUAUUAUUUAUGAUUAUAUAACAAAUAGUAAAUCUUAUCCAGAACAUUCUUACUUUUCUAGGAAUAUCGCUUCAGAAAAUUUUAAAUUAAUCAAAAAGUUCUUUUUAUAUUUAUCUAAAUUAAGAAAUAUAGAAUAUCAAUCAUUUGAAGAGUUUUUUCAGAAAGAAAUAAAAGAUCAUCGUUUAAACAAUAUUAAAAUUAUUAUAAAAUAUAGUAAUCCAUUUAAAUCACUAAUUUUAUAUAGAAUAAUAAAUUAUUUUACAAUGGUUGAUUUGUAUAAAGUGAAAGGUAUUAGGUUUAUAAAUACAGAUCAAAAUGGUAAUAUAUUUAAAAUUAAUACAAACAAUAAUGAUAAUCAUAAUAAUAAUCAUAAUAAUAAUAAUAAUAGUUCUAAUAUUUUAACAAUAGACGGACAAAAUGAGUUACUAUUACUUAAUACUACAAAUAAAAAUUAUAAUAAUAAGAAUGAAAUUUUUGCGAUUGAAAAUAAAGAAAACAAUUUAAAUCAAAAUAAGGAAGAGUCAGAAGAUAUUACAUAUGAUGAAAUAAUGAUAAGGAAAAAGGAAUUAAAAAUAUUUUUAAUGAAAGUAUUCAAAAUAUUAUUAAAUAAUAUAAAUGAUACAAUUUCUAUCAAAUCAGAUAUGAAAAAUGAUAAUUUAUAUAUGAAUAUAUUAAACGCAUAUCAAAAAAAUAUUUUAUUAUUUGUAAAUUAUGAUAUAUCCUUAACAACUUAUUUAUAUUAUAAAUAUUUGAAUAUAUUUUAUGUAAGUAAUACAUAUUCUAUUUUUAUUUUAGACACAUUAAAUUACUACUUCUUUCUUUAUAGAACAAAGCAUUAUAAAAAAUUUAUAGAAGAUAAUAAUAUAUGUUCAGCUAUCGUAUUCGAAUUAUAUAAACAUUUAUUGAAAGAUCAGAAAACAAAAAUAGAUAAAAAAAAUUUUUAUCAAUUUAUUAUAAUAUCUAUAUUGUUGCAUACCAUACCAGAUAAAAGUAAUACAAAUCGUGUAGCAUAUAUGUGGAAACAUGUACAUAGAAAAUUAGGAUCGAAACCAUUUGUUAUGGAAUAUGAUAUUAUGAAUCAACUCUUCUUACAAAAAAAAACAAUAAAGGAUUUAGGAAAUUUUGUUUUUGUAGAUGAAAACCAAAACACCUUUGAUGUAGAAAUAAAUAAUACAACGGAAAAGCAACAUAUUAAAAAGGAUAAUAUAAUAAUAAAUAAUAAUAAUAAUAAUAAUAAUAAUGUAUACCUUAACCAUACUGAUUAUAAUACUUCUAAUAAUAUAAAUUCAGAAGAACUACAUAUAAAUUUAAAUGAAUAUGAUUUUAUAAAAUCUUGUAAUGACUAUCAAUUUGAUUAUAGAUGUUUUGUUGUUUCGGCAAAAAAUGUACCCACACGAAAUAAUGUAUAUAAAGAAGUAAUGAAAUAUUAUUUAUUUAUUUUUUCCUAUUUUAAUAAACAUUUCUUUGAUAUAUUUAUAUCCAACUUUUAUAUUUUUCAAUUACAAAAAUGUGUAUUAUACGAAUUUCUCAAUUCAAAUAUAAUCCUAAUAUUUUUAAAAAGAAUCAUGAGACGUAAAUCUUAUCCUUAUAAAAUUACACAAAUAUAUAAAUCAGUAUUAUCUAGAAAUCUUGAAACAAUAAUUAAACAAGAACAUAUAUAUCUUUUCUUACAUUUGGUUGAUUAUUAUGUUAAUGUAUUAGAAAAUAAUUUUUCUAAAAAAAAAAAAACAGAAAAAAAAAAAAAAAAAAACAUACCUAUAAACUCAGAUAUACAAGAAGGAAAUCACACAAUUAAUCAUACAAAUGAAAAAGCUUGUAAGGAUAAAGAGGAUAAUAAUAUAAUUCCUGUAACUAAUAAUAAUAUUCCAUUAAAUGAUGAAAAGGAAAAAAAAUAUAUUAAUCAAAAAUUAUUUCGAACAGUACAUUCUAUUAAUAUGGAUAUAUAUUUAACAAAAUUAAGAAAUGAAUUGAAUAAUAAAAAAAUUCCCAAAAUUAAAUAUACCAAUUUAUUAAAUGAAGAAUAUGACGAAAACAUGUUUUUUGAUAGUUUAAAAGGUUUUUUUAAAUAUCAUCAAAAUUUAUUUGAAGAUAUAUAUUUCAUUAAAGAAAAUGAUAUUAAGCAUAUAUGUGAAUUAAUUAUUAAUAUUAUAAUAAAUUCAAAAUGUUAUUUAUUCUUAAUUCAAUUAUUAUGUAUUAAAAAUUUUUCAAUAAGUUCUUUAUAUAAAAAAAACAUAUUACAAGCAGUAGAAGACUUAGAAAUUACAAAUAUGGUAUUUUUCAAAAAAUUGUUUUUAAAUAAAAAAACACAAAAUUAUAAUUCCCUUUUAUUAAUGUGUAAGAAUGUAAAGAAUCUUAAGGAAAAAAACAAAAUUAUAUUAUUUAUUGAAAAACAAAUGGAUAAAAAAAAUAAUUAUACAAAUUAUAAUAAAAUUAUUAAAAUACUUCAUAUAUUAUCAGAAACAACUGAUGAUACUAAUCAAAACAAUACGACAUUAUAUCAUGAAUAUGUUAAUACACAUAUAAGUAUAUUUAAAAAAAUAUCAUAUUAUUUAAAUAUUUGUGAUACUAUAUUUAUAAAAUUAAUUAAAUAUAUAACUAAUAUAAGUACACUUAUAUAUCAAAGUACAUAUCUUAUAGCAUAUCAUUUUUCUUUACAUAAAAAUAAUUUUUUUUCAAAUAUUGUAAACUUUUUUCAAAAAAAUAUAAAUUAUUUAUAUGAAAAUAUAUUUUUACAUCUAGAGCCCUUAUCAAGAAUUUUGGACAAAAUUAUAAAGAAGAAAAUAUACUUGUAUGUUAUAUAUGAGAGAAAACAAAUGUAUACUGAUUAUUCUAAUAGUAAAAAAAGGAAAGCUAAUCAUGAUGUUAUAAAAGAAAAUAAAUUAUUGGACCAAUUAAAAGGUAGUAAUAUUCAUGAUAAUAAUGAUGAUGAUGUAUCUAUUGUUAAGGAAAAUGAUGAUAAUUCUGAUCAUUUGGAUACUCCUGUAGAACAAGCAAAAAAAAGGAAAUUACAAAAUAAUAAUAAAAACAAUUAUGAUGAUAAUAAUAAAAACAAUUGUGAUGAUAAUAAUAAAAACAAUUGUGAUGAUAAUAAUAAAAAUAAUUGUGAUAAUGGUAUAUUCAUGUAUGAGCAUAAUUCUUAUAACAUUCCAAUAGACCAAAAAAAUAUAAAUUUUGAUAAUCAUAAUAAAAUAUAUGAUCACAUGAUAAAUAAUAACUCCAAGAAUUCAUUUAACGAAAAAAACUUUAUGAAUUAUUAUCAUCUACACAUUUUUGCAUUUAUAUGUACAACUAUUAAUACCAUAUUCAAGAAUGAAGUUGAUAUUAAAAAGUUUACUGUUUUAACAAAUAAUAUAAUAUUCCUAUUUAAUAAAUGUUAUAGUUCAUAUGUUGUUUCUAUAUGUCUUAUAAAUUUAAUUAUAAAAAUACGAUUGGACAAAUUAUAUGAUUGCAAAAAUUAUAUACUAGAAAUAUUUAAUAUAUAUAAUUAUGAUGAUGUUGAUUAUUGUAUUAAUAAUCAAUUAUUGUUGUUAUUAGCUUUAUAUUUAUGUCCAGAGAAUUAUAAAAAAAAUAUCCUUGUAGAAGACCUAAAAACAGAGCAAGAACAGAAUAUUGAGAAUCAUACGGAAUAUAAUAAUAAUAUGCAAAUAUCUUAUAAUGAAAAUAAUAAAAAUAUAGUAUAUCCAUAUUAUGUCUAUUCCAAAUUAAAAUAUAUCAAACCACAUUUAAAAAAAGUAACUAAUAUUCAUAAUUUAUGUUUGAAACUUAUUUCAUUAAUAUCCAUAAUUCAUAACGUGAAUGAAAAGGAUAUUAAAUCUAUUUCUUACUUUAUUUAUUUUUCAACAUUUCAAAAUUUUAUAUUAUGUUUUACCCUUGCUCAAGACAAAUUGAUUAGUAGAAAACUUAAUUUAUUGUACAAAAAAUUUUCAUUUCAAAAUACCGACACAUUUGUGUUAACCCAUAUAUUAAAUAAUUUUAAGAUAGAGUAUGAUUUAAAUACACAGGGGGAAAUGAAUAAUGAUGAGAUAGAAGAUAAUAUAAACACAUUACAAUAUUAUAAUACUUAUUAUGAAAAAAAAAAUGCAAUAAAUAAUCAAAUGCAAAAAUUAAUGAAAACUGAUCAAGAUAAUAUCGAAAAAUAUAGUUCUAUAAAUCUAUCAAAAUUUGAAAAUAGCUAUUUGUACAAAUUCCUUUUUCAUUUAAACAAAUUGAAAGAUUAUAUGAAAUUUAAUGAUGGAUUUCAGAAAUAUAAAAGAUUUAAACAAAAUAAAAAUAAUAAUGAAAAUAGAUCCAAAUUCUCCUAUGAUGAUAUUUUAGAGAAUAAUAACUAUUUUGUGUAUGAUAUAUUUUGUGAUAUAUUAAAUUGCGAACCUGAUAAAAGUAUUCAAUUAUUUAAGAGAAAUGUAUUUCUUUUUUAUGAACGUUUAAUGGAUAAAUUAUAUCAUUUAAAUUUUGUAACUAAUAAAAAUUUAUUAAAAGAAAUUAUAAUCUUUAUUAAUCAAAAAUUAAAUAAAGAAAUGGAUUGUAAAUAUAUAUUCGAUGCUGUCAUGUAUUCUUUAUGUAAUAAAAAAGAAAUAAUGAUUUCUCCAUUAAAUGAAUUAUAUAUAAAUAAUAUAUUUAAUAAAUCAUUAUUUAAUAUUAAAUUGGAUGAUUCUAUGAAAAUAUUUAUUAUCUCUAAAAUAAAUCAAAUGUUAACAAAACUAUUUAAUCAGUAUUAUCACGUUCGUAAAUAUGAAAAAAGUAAAAUAAAUAAAUUCAACAAAAAUAAUAAUUAUUCUGAGAAAAAUGUUACACAUAUGGAAGCUAAUCAAAAUGAUGAUAAUAAGAAGAAACAUGUUGAACAAGAAGAAAACAGCUCAUUAAAUGAUAGUAAUAGUAAUAAUAAUAAUAAUAAUAAUAAUAAUAAUAAUAAUAAUAAUAGUAGUAGUGGUAGUAGUAGGAGGAGGAAACAACUUAAUGUGGAGCUUAAAACAAACCAACACAAGGUAUAUGAAGAAAUUGAUAUUAUAUAUGAAGAAUAUAAAAAAUAUAAUGAACAAUUUGGAUCAGACAUUUUAAUAGAAUCAGUUAAUCAAAAGGAUACAACUAUGAAUAAUACAUUUGAUGAUGAUAUAUAUAUAUCCGAUAUUAAUUCUAUAGAUUCAGACUACAAUUUCGAUGAAGGACAUGAUUCAUAUAAUUCCAAAUCAAAAGAUCGAUCCAAUGAUAUGGUAAAUUUAAAUAAUAGAGAUAUAAUAAAUUUACACAAUAAUAAUCACACGUUAGAUACAUUAAAUAACAUUAAUGAUUUAUGUACUGUAGAUAAUAUGGUAAAUAUAUUUAAUGAUGAAGAAAUAAAGAAUAUAAAAUUUAUUAAUAAAAUGAAAGAUUUAAAAAAAUUGUUUGGUAUAGAUAGCUAUUAUAUGAAUAAUAUAUUAAAAUGUAUAGCUACGUUAUUAAUUAAUUUCCCCAUUAUUACAAAAAAUAAAAUGAUUCAAUUAUUUCAUGUAAUGUUUUUAAAUAAUAAAAAGUAUAUAUUAAUAAGUACAAAAAAUUUAUUGGUAGAAUAUUUCUAUAGUUUAAGUAAUGAGAAAAAAAUAAAUAAUUUAAGAAAAAUUAUUACAAAUCCUUUAAAGAAAUUAGAUUAUAAUCAUUUAUUUUUUAUCUUUUCAAAUAAUCAUAUGAAUAUUUGUUUAAAACAUUUAAUAAAGUAUUACCAAAAACAAAAAAAAAUAUAUUUUUUCAAAAAUAAUGAUGAUACAAAAUAUGAUUAUAAUGGAUCAGUUAUUAUGAAUAAUUGUUUAUUUUAUUAUCAACAUCUUAUAGUAUAUGAAAAUUUAUUCCAAAUAACGAAAAAAAAGGGUAAGUUGGGUUUUAAUUUCCUUUUUUCAUUAAUAAAAAAUUAUAUUAUAAAUUGCAAGACACAUAUAACAGAUUUAUAUAAUAAACAUAAACAAAAUAUAAAAUAUUUAAAUAGUGAAGAAUUUCAUUGUUAUGGUGAGAAGAUAUAUAAUAUAAAUAGUUUAACAGUUGAUUUAAGGGCAGAAGAACAAAAUAUUGUAACGUCUUUAUUAUAUACAUCCACAAAAAUGAAAGUGAGUUCAUUAAGUAAAUUAUUUGAUAAUUUAAUAUCAUGUUUUGAAAAUAAGAUAUUUGAAAGCACAUCAUCAAAUAUAUUAGAUAACUAUAAAAGUACAUAUGAAAAAAGAAUAUACUAUAUAUUCUUUUAUAGGCUUUAUAAAAAUUUCGGUUCUGUGUUAAAUAGUAGUAAUAAAUAUUUGUAUGAUCUAUUAAAUAAUAUUAAAUUUACAUUAAUAUCUUGUCAAAAAAAUAGUCAAGAUAUUUUCCAGGUUGGUAAAAAUCAUACGUAUAAUAAAUAUAUGCAAAAUGGACAAGUGGAAAAAAUAAAAAAUAAAUUAAGAGAUCAAUUUGAUGAUAAUACAUAUUAUGAUAACAUCAAUGAAACACGGUUAAAUAAAAACAAUGAAGAAUUACAAGACGCAGAUGAAGAAAAAGGAUUAAUAUUAAAUAACAAAGACAAAAAUAAUAAUAAUUUAAAAAGUAAGUGGUAUUGGUUCGAUUUAGGUUAUCCUACAUUAAUGUGUUUAUAUGAAAUAUUAAAAAGUGAAAAAAAUAAUCAAACAAAUAUGAAUCCAAUAUUCUUCAAUACAUGUUUUGACGAUGUCGUUAAUUAUUUUAAUAUAUUUCAAUACCUACCUAGAAUCCAUAUAAAUGAUCAAUUCGAAAAUAAUGUAAAUGAAAAAAUUCUUACGAAUAGUGAACAUUUUGAUAUGAAAAUGGUAUCUAUUAUUUUAUUAGAUAUGUUAAAACUAAUAUUGUGUAGAUAUUAUAUCUUAUAUUUAAAUGACCCAGAAAAAAUUCAAAUUAUGACAAUGAGACUUUCACUGAAAAAUUCAGAUAAUCAUAUUAAUAGUUAUAAUAUUACUAUAUGUAUUAUUUUAACACUCAAAUAUAUUUAUGAAACUAUUGGUUAUAACCAACUAUUAUUUUCAGUAAAAGAUUUGUAUCAAAUCUUUUCAGAACUUAAUAACCAUCCGGAUGAUGAAAUAGAAUAUAUAUCCAAACAGUGGUUUAACACAAUAAGGAAAAAUUCAGAAGUAGGAAAUAUUUAA